UUGCUGCGAUGGGGAAUGGAGCUAAGUCUUGGCUGCUUGGAGCUGUUCUGCAUGUGGUCGGGAUGAGUGACCCAAGUACACAGCCGCCUCCUCCUCAUCAUUGUGCAACAGGCCCGGCCCUCUGUGUAUGAUUAAAUGCACAUUGAGUAACUGGUUACAUCUCAGCAAAGUGCUGGCGGCUCAUACAGGAGAAACUGCAGCUCGUCCUGGACACUCGGCAGAGAUGGCAGAACUGAAGUACAUGUCCGGGUUCGGCAAUGAGUUUUCCUCGGAGGAUCCUCGCUGUCCGGGUGCCUUACCUGAAGGCCAGAAUAGCCCCCAGGUGUGUCCGUAUGGUCUGUACGCCGAGCAGCUCUCCGGUUCCGCCUUCACCUGUCCCAGGAGCUCCAAUAAGAGAAGCUGGCUGUAUCGUAUCUUACCGUCUGUCCGCCAUAAACCGUUUGAGGCGUACGGGCAUAGCCGUCUAUCGCACAACUGGGACGAAGUGGAACCAGAACCCAAUCAGCUGAGGUGGAAGCCAUUUGUGAUAGAGGAGAAGAAGCGAGACUUUGUGGAUGGGCUGCACACUCUCUGCGGAGCCGGUGACGUCAAAUCACGCAAUGGAAUCGCCAUCCACAUUUACACCUGUAAUAUCUCUAUGACUGACAGAUGCUUAUACAACGCUGACGGUGACUUUCUGAUUGUGCCUCAGCAGGGAAAGCUCCUCAUCCUCACUGAGUUUGGGAAGAUAUCGCUGGAACCCAAUGAGAUCUGUGUAAUCCAGCAAGGGAUGCGGUUCAGCGUGGAGGUCUUCGGAGAGUCCAGAGGGUACGUCCUGGAGGUGUUUGGAGUCCACUUUGAGCUUCCAGACCUGGGGCCUAUCGGGGCCAAUGGCCUGGCCAACCCCAGAGAUUUCCUCACCCCUGUGGCGUGGUAUGAGGACAGGAUGGUGGCCGGUGGCUACACAGUUAUCAGCAAGUACCAGGGCAAGAUGUUCUCAGCGUGGCAGGAUUUUUCCCCCUUUAACGUGGUUGCCUGGCACGGUAAUUAUGCCCCCUACAAGUACAACCUAGAAAACUUCAUGGUCAUUAAUUGCGUGGCUUUCGAUCAUGCGGACCCCUCCAUCUUCACAGUACUAACGGCGAAGUCGUUGCGGCCUGGGGUGGCCAUUGCAGAUUUUGUCAUCUUCCCUCCGCGUUGGGGAGUGGCCGAUCACACAUUCCGCCCACCUUAUUACCACAGGAACUGUAUGAGUGAAUUUAUGGGGCUGAUUAAGGGUCGGUAUGAGGCUAAGGAAGAGGGCUUCCAGCCUGGUGGGGGGAGCCUGCACAGCGCAAUGACCCCACACGGACCAGACGGCGACUGCUUUGAGAAGGCGAGCCAGGCCACGCUGGUGCCCGAGAGGGUGGCUGAUGGGACUAUGGCUUUCAUGUUCGAGUCUUCCCUGAGUAUGGCGGUGACCCGGUGGGGGCUGGAGACCUGUAACCGCCUGGAUAAAGAUUACUACCGCUGCUGGGAGACUCUGCGCAGCCACUUCACCCCCACCCAGCGGAGCAAGAAAUGAAGGAGUUAACGCGCGCCGGGGGUCACACAUCGGCAGCCAGUUAUUAGAGCUAUACUGGUGCAAUCUUAUGUACCAGCCCCCUCUGUUAUUACCCUGUCUUAUUACUGUUUUGUUCCCAAUUGUGAAGCACAGCGGAGAAUGCUGGCGCUAUUUAAAUACACGUUAAUAAUUAGAUGAUA